AUGCCCAUGAGCACCGGGAAUAUCCACCAUCGAAGCAUACUCAACUGGGGUCCUCACAAUCUCAGUAUCCCCGGAAUCCGACACCUGACCAGCAUCAGCUCACUUCAUGCCCCGCCCAGAGCACAAGAAGGAGUGACCAUCAACCCAACUCAGCAUCACCACAUGUGGCAAGCGCCAUCCCCAGUGAAAGCGGCCGCCACUCCACUGUCAGCGGCUCGGCCCGGAGGCCACAGCCCCACAGGACCCAGCAGAGGUUGGGCACAGCAGCUCAAGCUCCCGCUGGGUGGAGCCAGGACCACAACAGGGCUGACUCUCCACCAGUCCGCCUGA